CCAUCUGCCAUUCAUCCAUGUUUCUUUCUUCCCGCCCACUUCGCAAGCCUCUGCUCCGGACGAAUCCAUGAGAUCAACCUGAUUGAUACCUACUGCGCAAACUUUGCCAUCUUACUCGACAUAUCAAUAAUUAAUUAUACAAUUCUUUACUGCGUCUUCCGGUUUUUCAUUGCUUCAAAUGUCUCACUCGAUCUUCAUCGCUGAAUCUCCUCAAACCCUUUAGCGCUCAGGUGCCCCAGCCACCCACCUCCACCAUUCUCGAUCUCGACUGCGUUGAACAUCAUCGCAGAACCCUGUCCCAGCCGGAAAUCCGCUGUCCGUGCCACUGAAAGGGGAACGAAUUCCUCUCAUUCGACCUAUAGUCGCGAUCAAUCCAGUUCAGAGACUCUGCGCACGACCACUGCGCACGCACUGUUCUCCGGGGUCUGAUACGCUUCGCGUCACGUACGGGUACCUCAACCCUUCCGGACGCAUCACGGACUUCAGAGUCAUUAGCGAGCGAACCCCUUUGCGCGACCACGAGAGCAUAUUUUCGAAUGCGACCUGAACUGCUGUGAAGAGCGUUGCAAUCUCAGAUCCCCAGUCGCAAUGAAGAGGAAGGGCAUCUAAAGAUAUUUGCGUGCACUAUGACUGCGUUACAAAUGGGGAGGACAAUUGAAUACACCAUUAUGGGCCCCCCUGCGGAAACUGUAGGACUUUCGCCGCCUCUGUCCUUGAACUCAUCAUCAUAUCGAAAAGACUCCAAGACCGCCUCGCUCAAUUUGCGGACCUUGUACAGGACAUCAGCUCAAGAUGGUCAAAUGACUGAAUCAGAAUCGCAUCAACCGACGACUGCCAUCUUGCCGACCUCCCCACAUCUUCCUCCCACGCCACCUGGUGCGAGCAACGGCGAGAUACGUACGGCUGAAGAUGUGGUCUCUGAUGGGACCGCCUUCAGGUCAGCUUUGGUGACACCAUCAAACCCGAAUAGCCCUCCAACUCCGGAUAACACACCUCCACGCCAUAGGAAAAUCUCGUUCGUGCGGCCAUUUUUGGAAACGCAGCCAUCCCUAACCUCGACUCGCGCCGAAUCGUUCACGACCGCUCGAGAAGAUAUCGGGUCAGAGGAUGAGGCUGGGGACACUUCCCAAUAUCAAGGAAAUUUGGCAUGGUCGCAUUCGUCUCUACACCAGCCGAGUCAACCCACCCACAAGCUGCGACACAGUUCUCUGCCACUGUCGCCCUUGCUCUAUACUGAGAAACAGAUUCCUGACGAUGAAGUUUGCGUACCGACAGAGAUUCCAUCCGGGUCUGGUCACAAGGACACCUACUUUUGGCAGAACGGUGACAAUGACGGACACAGACUGCAUGCAAGCCCUCAGCCACUCAGCACUUCAACCACGCCCGUUGAAUUGAAAAAAGGAAGAGCCAUGCCUCGGAAAAAUGUUUUUUUGCCUUUGGAGGAGUCGCAUGAUGUCAAAUCGGCAACAGACAAUACGUCAGAAGUGCAUCCAGAUGGCCUGAAGCGAGGGAAAAGUCUCCGCGACAGACUUCUUGAUGCGCAACACCAAGAUCUGUCGGCCUCCACAGAGAAAUUUGCGAGCAUAAUUGGCUGGAAUGACUCUGUGCCAAUUGAAAUUUUACCAACGACUACUCAAAAUGAGGUUCGUGAUGAUGAUAGACGCCUGUCAGGAGUUUCUACUACUUCCACCAUUGAAGCAUAUGUAUUCGAGCCCAUCGCCCUACCCAAGCGGAAGAUCACGUUGCGUCACGUCAACAAACACGAGUCUUUAAGGUCGGUGAGCUCACCACUUCCUGCCUCGAAUCGGAACUCCAUGCACUCAACUUCAGACUCGCCUCACCGGCUAGUGCAUAAGAAGGCUCGUCUGAGCAACCAGAACCGUUGGAGCUUUGGAUCCGAGAUCUCUAGAUCUCACAGCCUGGCAUCUAGUGCUGUCCUUCCCAAGACGGAGAUCAUUCGAGUAGCAGUUAUUCCUGAACGAAGUUCUUCGUUGCCUGCUUCGAGCAGCAGCGGCAGUAAAAGACAAUCUCUGUCCACUGGCUCUGCGCGGUCGCAAUCCCGGAAAGUAUCGGAAAAGCCGCCUUCAGCUUGGCAGCAUAGGCGAACGGUGUCUGAAACGACAGAUCGUGGCAGACCACAAACAGAGCCAGCACCUGUGAUUCCUCCACGAAGUUCUUCUCUUUCUGCCCCAACAUCUAGAAGUACUUCGCGAGCCAAUUCGAUCACCUCCGAGAAUCUGCGCGUACGCCGACAACAAGCAGAAAAGGACUUGAGAAAGACAUUGGACAGGAUGGAGUCUGAUCGCUUAUUGACAAAUGUGCGUGACUGGGCAUUGGAAGAUGACGAAGGUGCUUCACACGCAAAAGAGACCAGCCAGGUUGACAACAAUUCGGAUCAGGCGACGGUCAGGACACCAUCACAUCCGCGUGCUUUAGUCAUCUCUUCCACCUACGAUAGUGAGCUGGCAAACAAUGCGCUCGGGCUGUUUGUUCCUGGUACUUUGGAAUGGGCAGCGUUGCGACCUACAUCCACCCUGGAAACACCAUUUUCCCAGCCGUCUUUCAGGUCUACGUCUCCUGAGAUUAAUGAGGCCAGGGUGAUCAACUUCUUCCCGCACAAUAAUCAUUCGCUCCAGUUGAUUGAACCAUUCUCCGUGGCAGAAUCAGGAGCUGUUCGCGAAGUACAAUUACAGCAUUUGCCUCAUAUCGAGGUGGAUUCUCCUCUUCGGAACCCCAGGCGGCCGCCGCAACCACCUUCAGUCAAGGUGAUACCACCUACCCCGGGCGAUGAGUCCGAAAAGCGACUCGGUAUUGAUGGAACUUCCCCCAGGCGUGCAACAUCGCUGCGACGGCCUGGGACACAUCGCCGCUCGGAGUCUUUGAUGAGUUCUAUCUCGCGGGGGUUGAGCUUGAAAAAUGCGCGUAACAAGAAGGCGGAUCAAGAUCUCGAUGGCCAACUUAAUCCAUUUUGGCGGCCCCGAGCAUUUUGGGACGAUGUAGACAGCCAUCGACCCGAAGAACAACCACAGUCGCGACAAAUAGGUGUGGUAAACAACUCUCUUGGACUGCCACAAGAGAGAACCGUAGUUACCGGCCCGGUUUCCCUUGUUCGACGGAUCUCUGAACGUCGCCGGCAAAGAAGAGGUGUAGUUAAACAGACCAGCCACGGGAGCCUGGCGCGAAUUCGAGCCACGCGCCAGUUCUGUUCGUCUCCAGGGUUGAGUCUCAGAUUCCACCUCGUUGGAAUCAAGAAUAUCCAAGAACGCAUACUACGAGCUCGUCAAAGAAAGGAAGACGACCGACGAGAAAAGAGAAGAGCUGAUCUCCGACGAAGUAUUGGGCCUAACGUGGUCAUGCAGGGAGAUUCCAGGUUCCCUGCCAGCAAUACCAGUUUAUCACGGGAUACGUGAGGGAUAACAGCUCAAAAGCUGACGACACUAUAAUCGACGUUGUUUUAGUGCGGCCCUGGUGGCUGCAAAUGCUUUGGUUUUGCUUUGAUAUCUUUUGGGAAGGCAAUAUUGAAUUCAGCGACGAAGGUGAAGAGUGCACGAUGCAAUGCCUUUGAUGAUUGAAUGAUUUUGGAUGAUGAAUUGACGAUAUGUACAUUUAAACCACGUCGACGUGAAUCUCUAAGCAGCCGGGGUUUAGACAGGGUUUCAUGAUGACAUUUCCUCUGCCUUUUG